AUGAUUGCCAGUGUGUUUCGUAAUAGGGCCACGUGUGUUGAGGUUCUGCAGGGCGUUGAGCGUCUGCGCCCGAGUUGGUGGACGCCGUCCUGUACGCAAUUCCUCCGCCGUGUGGAGAACACCCCGUCUGUGAGUUCAACAGCAAACAUUCCAUUAACAUCAUCAUCAUCAAAAGAAAAGAAAGUUUUGAUUGUGUUGGAAGGACUUGAUGGCGUAGGAAAGUCUCUUGUGGCUCAGACACUCGUGAAGAAAUUGGGGGAUACGGCUCAACUCAUGCGCACACCAGAUCCGGUCUACAGUGAUAUCCGUGAACUUUUCCGUGUACAGGAUGAACACACCGCCAGGGCAUUUUACAGUGCGGCGAACUAUUUAGCCGCCUGGGAUGUUUUUCAUCGCACAGAUCAGCGGCAAUUUAUUCUCUUUGAUCGUUGGUGGUGUUCCACAUGUGCCAUGGCAUUGGCGAACACUUGCAGUUUAGCAUCACUUCCGCCUAUUGGUGAUGAGGUGUAUAAAUGGCCGCAAGAUCUCCCAAGACCGGAUGUGGGUGUGUUUCUGUAUGUAGAAGAACACAUACGUCAGGCACGCAUACGCCGCCGUGCACCUGAAGAUGUGGAGGAACGUCGACUUAGAGAACAGCAAGAGAUGCGAGCUGUGGCGAUGGAGGCGUAUAGACGAUUUGGUUUACUUACAGAAGUGCAUGUGUCUACAUACCGAGCGGCGGUGAAUGAUAUUCUUGCACUACUAACAAAGCGAGGAGUGCAACACAGCGCAGUACCUUUUACGAAUGCAGAGUUGGCGGAGAUCCAUCCAUUCUAA